AUGUACAACUACGACCUGCACCGGAAAUUAACAUAUUUGCGCGCUGGUAUGAGAAAACUGGAAGUGAAAAAACAGCAACAACAAGAUUCAUUAGGAAUUUUCCAAAAUAUUUUUCUUUCACAGUCUUUUAAAUCUGCUUAUAAGUCUGACAGAAGUCAUGGUAACUUUCAAAGAGCUUUGAAUGAAAAGCAUCUACCAAACACAGCGUUUUAUGUUAUCAUAACCCCUUCAACUUUACUAUCAGAAGAAGACCAUUGCCUUGGUGCCAAAUUUGAGAGAAUUUAUACAUGGCCAGUAAAAGCAGCUAUAAAACCAAAUCCAGCGGAAACAUUUGAAAUUCUCUGCCUUAUCCUAGGUUUUCAUAGCAGAGAUAUGAUUCUAUCCACUUUCAUUCCUACUGUUAUGAAGGAGCUGUAUUCAAGGAGACAAGGUGUCGCUGAGCUAAGUGAAAAUGAUUUAGAAGAUGAAAACGGAUCCCAGCCAAGAUCAUCUAGCGUAAAACGGCCGUUCUUCAUACCCCCUAAUGAGGGCCGACGGAAUGAUAGACGCAGGAGUAAAUCGCAAAAUCCUGCUCAAGAAGAGGAUUCUCGAUUUAGAGAGGAAAGCCCAAAAUACCGAGGUAGUGUUGGUGUGAUGAAGGAAUGCUGGAAGUCGACCGGGUUACCCAAGGAUUUGAUGGACCAAUAUGGAAGAGAUUUACUGGGUACAGAAUCAGAGAAUCCCCAAAGGCAAAGAAGGAAUCACCCUGCAUCUCGGCCAUCCGAUAGACCCAGAUUGACCACUGAGCAUAAGGAGGUGUCUGAAACGAAGAGAGCGGAGUCGAGAAGAAGUAGGGAACCUAUAACAAUUAGGGUGCCUAUGGAGACAGCGGAAUAUGCAACUUGGAGGGAGUUCCCACCGAGGAGGGAAGAAAAACGACGGACUUCGACGGAAACAAGGAAGCCUAUAACAACUAAGGGGCCCGUGGAGAGAAUAGGAACCGAGGCCACGAGGGAGUAUCAAGUGAGAAGGGAGCAGAAACAACGGAUAUCGCUGGGUAUGACGGAAGAUCCUCAGACUAGAUUUUAUGAAAGUCGAGAGAUUUAUCGACCAGACUACAACAGAGGCGCUAGACACCGAUUUGGCACCUGCGAAACUGAAAGAGAACCUAACGAGCUUCGUGAUAAAGUAGAAGACAGACCUGGAAAAGGUGGCGUCAGAGACUGUUUAAAUCCCCUCGGAGCUUACAGACCGUAUGAGGUACCUGUUGAUCCUAGAGUUCCUCAAGACGAAGACGGCGCUCAGCUGCCAGAUCGCAGACUUCCUAGAAACCCGUUCCAAAUUUAUGGAAGUCCGAAGAGCCGCAUUCGGCCAGACAUACAGACCGGCCUUCAGACUCUCAUUCUCAAUCAUAUGAAUCUCAGCCCUCCGGAGCCCUUGCACCCCCAAAACUCCAAUUCUGAUCAUCGUCAAAGGUUCCGCUCGUACCUCCUCCAUCCAGACCCACCAUCUUCCAGAUCCACCUCUAUGGACGUAUUAUUUUACGAACCUUCGUCCUCAGAGUCAGCAAACACUUCAGAAAGCCAUCGCUUCCCAAGCCCCCCUUCCGCCAGGCCACAACCCCGCCGGCGAGCCCAAUCUGUCAAAUUUUCGCCUCCGGAGGAUGAACCUAGUUCUGAAUCAACAUCGUCAGCGUCUUCUUUCAACUCUGUCCAUUCCUACGUGCGAUCUAGACCGCCUAAUUCUCCCAUGCCUGACGCGACUACACAAUUUUUCACUUCACCGCCUCCUCCUUAUAGGCCAUCAGAUCCUUCCAGUGAGUCAGAAGUAGCCGGACAUUCGAAGCCAGCAUUGCCAAAACGUGAGAAGACGUCCGGCUGCUUUCCAAGUUCAACCUCUUUGACCUCCUUGUCACCUACAAAACCCUCCUCUUCGACCUAUUCCUAUGUCCGAUCAAGACCCGCUGAGAAUACAGAGACCCCCAGGACUCCGUGGCCUGUUUGCCCAUUACAAUCUACUAGGCGGUCUGAACAUCCCAAGCGCACGGACCCAUCUGGGGCAAAGCCAAAGAGUACAGGGUAG